AUGCACAUUGAUGGCCAUGCCCAUAGUUUAUUCGUUGAGGGCCGUUUGAGCAUGCACGCCAAAUCACCCCAAGACUUGCUCAUCGAUAUUUUGGGCGAAGUACCAGCUCUUCUCGAGGACACGGACACUGCUCUUCUCCAUAAAGAUUCUCAGAAGCCUGCUCUCCUUGAAAAGAUAUUGGGGGAAUGCUGGAAGAUCAACGACCAGCUCAAAUGGUGGUUAGAGAACAUAGGACCCGGCUCACUCGCUGCCCGCACUCUACAAGCCCAGGAACUACCAUCAUCGGCGGCCAAUGACACUGCCACUGGCCAUAAGAUGUGCAUAUACUGGGCUGCUCAUCUUUUGAUACACGCCACCAUCUGGCUCAUUCUUCGCUCGAACCAGCCCAGAAUCCAAAGGAACGAGAAUGACAUCUUUCAUCAGUCCUAUCCUGGACUCUACUGCAGCAAUAUCAUCGAAACUGCGAGAAGAAUUUCCAACCCUCUAGUUGACGGUUUUGAGUAA